UCCAGUCGCCCCGGCAACAGCCGCCCCCUUCGUGUCCCCAUUUCCCCUCUGUGUCUCCAAGGAAAACUAGGCCCCUGCUCGGCCAACGCCCAGGAUCCGCAAGCUGCGCGCCCACGAGCUCCACCAGCCCAUUCGGAGAAAAGUUACUGUUCAGUCCCUGAAGGCUUGUGCCAUAAAAGAGUGGGAGACAUUCCCAGGGAGUUUCGGCACCCAUUUGGACUUUCACAAUCAGAGAUGGCAGCGGUGAAGGCAUCAACAUCGAAAGCUACCAGGCCUUGGUAUUCUCAUCCGGUAUAUGCAAGAUACUGGCAACAUUAUCAUCAAGCAAUGGCUUGGAUGCAAAGCCAUCACAAUGCCUACAGGAAGGCCGUGGAAUCCUGUUUCAGUCUUCCAUCGUACUUCCCUCCUGCACUUCUUCCCCAAAGCUCUUACGAUAACCAGGCUGCGUAUCCUCAGUCCUUCUAUGACCAUCAUCUGGCCUGGCAGGACUACCCCUGCAGUUCUUCACACUUCGGAAGGUCUGGGCAGCAUCCACAUUGCAGCAGUAGGAUCCAGGCAUCCACAAGAGAAGACCAAGCUUUGUCCAAAGAAGAAGAGAUGGAGACUGAGUCAGAUGCAGAGGUAGAAUGUGACCUGAGCAAUAUGGAAAUCACCGAAGAGCUCCGCCAAUACUUUGCAGAGACUGAGAGGCACAGAGAAGAACGACGGCGGCAGCAGCAGCUGGAUGCAGAGCGCCUGAACAGCUACGUAAACGCUGACCACGACCUGUACUGCAACACCCGCCGGUCGAUAGAAGCCCCAACUGAGAGGCCUGGUGAGCGGCGCCAGGCCGAGAUGAAGCGUUUGUACGGGGACAGCGCUGCCAAGAUCCAGGCCAUGGAAGCUGCGGUGCAGCUGAGCUUUGACAAGCACUGUGACCGAAAGCAACCCAAGUACUGGCCGGUCAUCCCCCUGAAGUUCUGAGCUCGGGGCACAGGGCACCCAGCCUCUCCCUCUUCCUUUUGGGUGCAUGCUCUUCAUCUCUCCUUCUGUACAUUUCUUAGGGAAAGGGGACUUUGUACUGGGGCACAGGCAUGUUCACCACAGUCCCAGUGGGCCUGUCACGGGGUGGAUGUACUAUGCCAGCCGCUUGGAGGUCUGCAGCACAUGUUCUGUUGCCAACAUGAUAAAUUUUCUCCUGACAUAAAAAAAUUUUGUAUAUACUAUA